AUGACAGUCUCAACCCCCCAAACACCCCUCUCCUUCCGCCCCGCCACACCCUCCGACGUCCCCAUCCUCCUCCCCCUAAUCCGCUCCGCCUACCGCGGCGAACUCUCCCGCAAAGGCUGGACGACGGAAGCGGACCUGGUAGCGGACCAACGCAUCGACGAGCGCGGCCUCCUCGCCAAAAUCACCGAGCCCGAGGGGGCGGUCCUCAUCGUCACCGACAACUCUGACUCCGACGCCGUCACUGAGAAGCCUAUCAUACCGCUAGCAUGCUGCGAAAUCGUACGCAGUAAACAGAACCCGGAGGUAGCGUACUUUGGCCUCUUUGCCGUCUCGCCUGAGCGGCAGGCGGGCGGGGUCGGGAGGAGGGUGUUGGAGUUCGCGGAGGGGUAUGCGAAGAGGAGUUGGGGGGUGAGCCGGAUGGAGAUGUGUGUGCUUUGGAUGAGGGGGGAGCUGAUUGCGUGGUAUGAGAGGCGGGGUUACGUCAAGACUGGGGAGAGGAGGGAGUUUCCUUAUGAGGGGAUGGUUGGGGGCGGUGCGUUGAGGGAUGAUUUGUGGUUUGAGGUUUUGGAGAAGGGGUUGUGA